CCUAAACCCAAUCCUCACAAAGACUAAAGGGAUUGGCAGGAUACAUUUUUCUCCGUGAGGAAAACAGUGAUUUUAUUUAUCACUGUCUUUUUUUGUUGCGUUGUUUUCAUUUUCUAUUACAAUAUCAGUGGGGAAACCAGUAUUUUCAUCACGAAAUUUCUCUAUUACACCAUACUGUUGACGUUUACGCUUCAACAAUGGAAUCUAUCCGCCCUCAGCGACUUCAACCAGGGAUAGGAUUUGGAGCUGGAUCGACUGGGACCCUACGGUCUUCUCUCCGGCCUGGGGUUACAAUGCCAACCGCACCUCUACUGCCUCCCCCGGCCUCUUUAUGUGCUUCCUCUGGGCCGCCUCCGCCGCUUCAACUGCACAGUCUUCACGGCACUAUUGGGAGUGCGGGGCUCGGAACAGGGAUGGCUGGAUUCGGUCUAUGUAAUCCAGGGAACCCGGCGGUCUUGAAGGAGGCGGUGGAGGCUGUUGUUCGGAGUUUUGCUAAGCAUACGCAGGGCUAUGGCAGAGUGAAUGUGGUGGAAGCCUUGCAAGAGUUCUGGCAGAUGAAGCAGUCAAGAGGGGCAGACCUCAGGAAUGGGGCGCUGGUGGUGUACGAGAUGGUCCCAUCAAACAACCCACCCUACGUUUGUUACGUCAGUCUUCCAGGGGGAAGCUGCUUUGGGAGUUUCCAGUUUUGUCCAACCAAGGCUGAGGCAAGACGUAGCGCUGCCAAAAUCGCUCUGAUGAACUCUGUUUUCAACGAGCAUCCUUCCCGCCGCAUCACAGAUGACUUCAUUGAGAAGAGUGUAUGUGAGGCGCUGGCCUCCUUUAAUGGAAACCGAGAAGAGGCAGACAACCCCAGCACAGGUAUCGGGGCAUUUCGCUUCAUGCUGGAGUCCAACAAAGGAAAGUCAAUGCUGGAGUUUCAGGAAUUGAUGACAGUCUUUCAGCUGCUGCACUGGAAUGGAAGCCUAAAGGCCAUGAGAGAGAGACAAUGCUCCCGUCAAGAAGUGCUGGCUCACUACUCCCAUCGGGCGCUGGAUGAUGACAUGCGUACCCAAAUGGCUGCUGAUUGGGUGAACCGGGAGCAAGGCUUGGCUAGCACCAUCGCCCAGGAGGUGGCGGCAACAGAUCAAGAACUUGAGGAGGCCAGGCUGGCCGGUCAGGAGCUGCGCUUCCACAAGGAAAAGAAGGACAUCCUGAUGCUGGCUGUUGGCCAACUGGGUGCAGCCAACAAUGCCACCCUGCCUUCAAUCUGUUAGACAACUCUACCACAUGGGUGGAAUUAAAUCCCAGGACCUGCCUUUGCUAAUGAUUGUACAUGACAUCAUCUCAAGGAUAUUGUCACAGAAAGAUCUUACACACCAAAAUAGACCAAUGUCUGUCUCUUAAAUCUCUCACUAGAUUUUCUGCAUGAAGGAUAUUGAAAGUUAUUUGAAUAUUACAUAAUUUACGCACAUACAGUUAGUCGGAAGUUUACAUACACCUUAGCCAAAUACAUUUAAACUCAGUUUUUCACAAUUACUCACAUUUUAAUCCUAGUAAAAAUGCCCUGUCUUAGGUCAGUUAGAAUCA